AUCGGGGCGUCCUCCCUCGCUCCCGCCCGCCGUGCCGGCCGGCAUCGCCGCGGCGGGCAGCGCGGCGGAGGGUGCUGCCAGCGCCGGGAGGGAACCGCGGGGUGAGCGAAGAUGCUGUCGUACAGCGUGCUGGAUGCCAACGUGGUGGACGUGGAGAAGAGAAGGAACCCCUCGAAGCACUACGUCUAUAUCAUCAAUGUAACAUGGUCAGACCUGACCUCCCAGAUCAUCUACCGAAGAUACAGCAAGUUCUUUGACCUACAGAUGCAGCUUCUGGACAAGUUCCCCAUUGAAGGAGGCCAGAAAGACCCCAAGCAAAGAAUCAUCCCUUUUCUACCAGGUAAGAUCCUGUUCCGGAGGAGCCACGUCCGAGAUGUAGCUGUGAAGAGGCUGAAGCCCAUUGACGAAUACUGCAGGGCACUGGUUCGACUUCCCCCUCACAUUUCACAGUGUGAUGAAGUCUUCAGGUUCUUUGAGGCUCGCCCAGAAGACCUCAACCCUCCAAAAGAGGACUAUGGAUCUUCAAAGAGAAAAUCAGUUUGGAUGUCCAGUUUGUCUGAGACUCCAAAAAAGAGUGCCGCUCCAGGUGCUGAUGCUAGCUCUGAACCCAUGAUCCUGGAGCAAUAUGUGGUGGUGUCCAACUAUGAGAAGCAGGAGAACUCUGAGAUCAGCCUCCAGGCUGGAGAGGUCGUGGAUGUCAUAGAGAAAAACGAAAGCGGAUGGUGGUUUGUGAGCACUGCAGAGGAACAGGGCUGGGUCCCUGCUACAUACUUGGAAUCCCAAAACGGAACCAGAGAUGACUCUGACAUCAACACAUCCAAAACUGGGGAAGUUUCUAAGCGACGCAAGGCUCACCUGAGGCGCCUGGACCGGCGAUGGACGCUGGGCGGGAUAGUCAACAGGCAGCAGAGUCGAGAAGAGAAGUAUGUCACUAUCCAGCCAUACGCCAGCCAGGGGAAGGAUGAGAUUGGGUUCGAAAAAGGGGUCACCGUGGAGGUCAUCCAAAAGAACCUGGAAGGAUGGUGGUACAUAAGGUAUCUGGGCAAAGAGGGCUGGGCCCCAGCUUCGUAUCUGAAGAAGGCUAAAGAUGAUCUUCCAUCUAGAAAAAAGAACUUAACUGGGCCAGUGGAAAUUAUAGGAAACAUCAUGGAGAUCAGCAACCUGCUGAACAAGAAAUCCACUGACAAAGAAACUCAAGCAGAAAAUGAGACCUCAGAAACGCAUAUCACCAAGAAGGAAAUCAGUUUGCCUAUUCUUUGCAAUGACUCUAAUGGUAAUGCCAUGAUGACACCGGACAAGCAGGCUUCCAGACUGGCCCAGGGAUCUCCAGCCAUAGCAAGGAUAGCACCACAAAGAGCUCAGAUAAGUUCUCCAAAUUUAAGAACGAGGCCACCCCCUCGAAGAGAAUCCAGUCUGGGUUUUCAGUUGCCCAAACCACCAGAGCCACCCUCUGUGGAAGUGGAAUACUACACCAUUGCAGAGUUCCAGUCAUGUAUCUCUGAUGGGAUAAGCUUUCGCGGUGGACAAAAGGCAGAGGUUAUAGAAAAGAAUUCUGGUGGCUGGUGGUAUGUGCAGAUUGGAGAGAAGGAAGGAUGGGCUCCAGCAUCUUAUAUAGACAAGAGGAAGAAGCCAAAUUUAAAUAGAAGAACUAGUACUUUAACCCGCCCAAAAGUUCCUCCCCCAGCACCACCCAGUAAACCUAAAGACUCUGAAGAAGGAACGACUGGAAUGGUUUCUUCAGGGGAUACCCAGGACUCCCCCCACAAGCUCAAAUAUGAAGAACCUGAGUAUGAUGUGCCUACCUUUGGCUUUGAUUCAGAGGGUGAAGUAAAUGAAAGUCAUCGUGAAGAGGGCACUCCUGAAAAACGACUAUUUCAGCCUCUCAAACCCUCUCCUGUGUCAUCACUUCAGAAAGCGAAGUUCAAAGUUGGAGAGUCUUCCGAGGAUGUUGCUAAUGAAGAAGAGACCAUCUACGAGAAUGAGGGAUUUAGGCGUUAUGUGGAAGAUGCUUUGUCCAAUAAGGAAUCGAGUGGAGACUCUGAUUCUCAGAAAAGCUCCUCUCUCUCUUUGAUUCGAAGGAACUCUCCAUGUUCCAUCUCUCCUAAAUCAUCAUUCAUGAAGCCCCACGUGGAAAAAGACAUCCAGCCUGAUGUUGGAAAAUGUCACUAUUCUAGGAGUGAGGAGACAAAACCAAGAUCAGCUUCAGAUGUUGGCUUACGUAGCAUGCCGAGAACAGGCAUGAAGAAAGAGCCUGGGCAGAGUCCUUCCAUUAGAGCAAAACCAAUUGUUAGACCCAAACCAUUCCUGAACAAGGCAGAUUCUCAGAGUCAAGAGAAGAUGGAUAUCAGCACUUUAAGGCGUCAGCUGAGGCCAACUGGGCAACUCAGAGGUGGACUUAAAGGUUCAAGAAGUGAAGAGUCUGAAAGCCCACCACACACAGCUUCUGAAAACCACGAUGAUAAUGUUAGGAGGGGCUCAGCUGACCUCAUUACAGCUCCUUCCCGUGGCAUUUUCUGCUCUAGUCAUCCAGCCAAAACUGAGCAAGAAAAUGAUUCCAGGUGUUUCUAUGUGACCACUGACUCAUACCAGAAGGUACAGGAUUCUGAAAUUUGCUUCCCAGCAGGUGUAGAAGUGGAAGUGCUUGAAAAGCAAGCCAGUGGGUGGUGGUACCUGAAAUAUGGAGAGAUGGAAGGCUGGGCUCCUUCCCAUUACUUGGCUCUCCCUGAUAACCAGCAAGAAACCACAUCAGUGGAGACCGAUGCCUCGUUUGCCAGGAACAGGAAAAAUGAAAAUAAAUCAAAUAGCUUAGAGAAGAUAGAGAAGAGGGUUCAGGCUUUGAACACCAUCAACCAGAGCAAACGUGCAACACCACCCAUCCCAAGCAAACCUCCAGGUGGGUUUUCAAAAACAUCGGGACCCGUAAAAAUGAGGAAUGGUGUGAGGCAGCUUGCUGUCCGGCCUCAGUCUGUGUUUGUGUCUCCACCACCUAAGGAGAACAACUUGUCAUGCUCAUUGCGCAGAAAUGAGUCUUUAACAGCCACAGACCAUCUUAGAAAUGUACGUCGGAAUUCCUCCUUCAGUAAUGCACGGUCACAGCCAGGUGAUGCAAAGGGGAAGCAGCCUGAGAGGUCAGGCUCUGAGGGUUCAGAGACUUCCUCCAACCUCUCAACCCAGAGGAACGGGAUCCCUGUGUCCACUGUCAGGCCAAAGCCCAUUGAAAAAUCCCAGUUCAUCCACAACAAUCUCAAGGACAUCUAUGUCUCGAUUGCAGACUAUGAAGGGGAUGAGGAGACUGCAGGGUUUCAAGAAGGUGUCUGCAUGGAGGUCCUUGAAAGGAACCCAAAUGGAUGGUGGUACUGCCAGAUCAUGAAUGGUGUGAAGCCAUUCAAGGGCUGGGUGCCCUCAAAUUAUUUGGAGAAAAAGAACUAAUAUUGCAAUAUCUUUAACCUCCCUAAUUUAUACUCUUCCUGCUGUGUACAUGUGGAAAAAAAAAAAAAACAAACAAAAAACAAAAACAACAAAAAACAACUGCUAUACAAAAAAGACCAUUCCCAUGUGCCCCAGUUUGUACAAAGGGACAAAAGGAGUCUUAUGCUGAGGACAAAUCUGCCACGUUCUGGAGAGGUUUGUGGGGUUAACAUGUUGUAAGCAACUCUGAGGAAGAUGCAGCAGUCAACUGCCUUUUUGUGAAGUUGUUAAUAAUCUUGUAUGUGUAACAGGGUAUGCCAUCCCAUCUUUCCCGGUAUUGAUAGGAAACCAAAUGUGUGCCUUUCAUGAGAGAAAUACACACGCAUCUCAACUUGAGGAGUUCUGUGCCAAACUCUUUUACAAUCUUGGCUCCCUGUUCUCCUCAUUCUUGUCCAUAUGUGGAAUACACAAGAGUUUUGGAUGCAUUUCUACAACUUGUAGUGAGAAGCAAAUGGAAUUUUCUGAAACACAGAGGGACUCUAAUCCUUUGGAGAAGCUUUUUGUUGUUGUUGUUUGUUUCUUCUUCUCAACAGUUGGUUGGUCCAGAGUUGGAGCCUUUUCAUCGUGGAGAGAUUUGGGCUCUGACUUCAGCUGUGUUUUGUUGUUACUGCUAACUCACCCAACAUGGCGAUCAGGUGGUGUUGGUGAGGGGCUCCUUGUUUCCUUUCUUUCUGCCUCCUUCUUUGAGUUGAUUUCAGGUGUUCUAAGGCAGCAAUGCCUACUGGUGCUUGUAAAGACAAACCUAAAAUCCCUACUCUUAAGCACGUCUAUUACUUCGUAGGCUCCCUAUUUAGUUCAGCUCCUGACUUCUGCCAGGAGAUCCUGGUUGAGUCUCUCUUUAUAGAACUGGGUUUCUCAAAACCAGACAUAAUAUCAAAAUGUACAAAAGUCCCUUGAGACACUGAAGAUGUGGCUGUCAAUUGUGUUGCUUCUGCUUUUCUUGCAGUCUGGUCCAAAUCCAAGCAUACUGUCUGCUAGCAGGGCCCACAAAGGUAUUAGUUAGAAAUAGCUGUAACCUUCUGCAACAUCAGUGUUUACAACGAGGGGGGAAAAAAAGCCAUCAAACUCGGUCUGCACAUCCUUAAUUUGUAUAUUUUUGGGGAAUUGUUUUUCCAUGUUUUGUUCCUUUUCUGUGCAUUCUGGGUUCACUUUCUUUUUUUUCUUUUUUUUCUUUUCUUUUUUUUUCUUUUUCUUUUUUUUUUUUUUUUUUUUUUUUGGUCUUGGUUUACUAGAAGAGACUUAAAACUGAAGUAGAAGCCAAAUAUGUGUUUCUGUUCCCACUUGAAUCCAAGAAGUACAUUUGUACUGGAAAGUGUGCCUGGGCUUUUCAGGCUCAGAGAUUUAAUAUCAAAGCAAUUAAGUCUAAAACACAUUAACCAGGAAGCUGCCUCUUCUGGUUCCAUUUCUGUUUGCUUUUCUUUAACUCGUGCUUUGAAAUGUGGCACCUGGUGAAGAUAGUGUGGUGGGAAGUAGAAGAGGCAUCCAUUGGAGAAGGCUUUGGGAUGUGAAGUUAUUCUUGAGGUAACCAACUCUUGUACUGUAAACAUCAUUGGCCAAACCCCUACUUUACUUGAGAAAGCCUUGCUUGUUUGUUCUAUUUUUCAAAUGGUUCUGUUAAUCACUCGAAAUCAAGAUCUAAUUCUUUUAAAUAAUAGGCAGUCUUGUAUGUCUGUUUUAAGGGGGAAGAGGCAUACUAUUUCACUGCUGGUUUACACAAGAUGAUACCUGCCCUUUUUUUCCACCAGAGCUUCAUGCGAUUUGGCUUGGAAGGUAAAGGUUACAAAGACUUAAAAAUAGCUGGGAUUGAGGGUCUGAGUAAAAUAGCACAACAAUAUUGUGUGUUACCGGGGAUGUUUCUCUACCAAAAAAAAAAUUAUACAAUUUAUACGUUGUUCUUGUCUUUAUUCUUAAUUUUUUUGAGGGGAGGGGGGCGGUGGGGUUUUUAAUUGCUAUGGUAAUAUUGAGAGAGUUGCCUACAGCUUAACCUGUCUGAUAUCCUUUAGGUGGCUGAAACAACAUUGAAGUGCCACAACAGGCUACAAGCAGUGCUGUGGUUUGAGCAGCUCUCAGAGUCCAGGCAGGGAGGGGGGGAGGGUAUUUGGGAUCCCUUUAAAUUGUGGUGGCAGGAGAAGGAGGUGUAUCUGCACAACAGCUCAUAUCAGUGUGCAGGGCCCUCUUUACACCCUACAUCUUACUAUAUAAUAUAUAUGUAUGUAUCCAGUUGGCUCCAUCUUACUGGAUGUCUAUCUGAGGCAUUGUGGCCCUGUCUCAUACUUCUCCCCAUUUUUAGUUGUACUAAUAUGGUCGCAGCCAUAAAAGGCUGCUGGAGCUGUUGUGAGAUUAUAAUAGAAGUAUUAUAUUCUUCUGCUGGACAGUAUUAAAUAGAGCAAUACAUAGAGUUAUCUGCUAGAUUGCAGUACUAAUAGUAGUGACUUAGUGACUUGUAUUAAUGUUAUGUUUUAUUUUAACAAUAAUGAUGCGGAAGUGGUUCAUUAUUUUGAAUUAAUGCACUUUAACAAUAAAAGAAACCAAAAUGGAAGCCAAUGCAGAGAACUAAGUGCAUUAUUUAAAGGUGCAGUAUAUAAUUAUCAUUUUCUUGAAGCACAUAUUUAUUAAGAAUUAACUUAUUAUUUAAAAUAUUCUAAAGUUGUUUAGAGACAUUCCCACCAAGUCGUCUCUUUGGGGGGGAUGUAGAAGCACAGCUCCCAGAUCUUCUGCAUUGAGCCACUGAAUUCUUCGAAUAUGGUGCAGAGUGAUGUGAGCCCCCCACCCAGGGAGAGGAGAGCAGCAUUACGGUUCAGGUAGGAGAGCCCAGGCUGCAACAAAUAGUCACACUUGCAUCCAGCAAAACUGAGCCCAGAGUAUCUCUGAGCUGCAGGAGUCCUUGUAUGUUCUGAGAAGGAAAAGCUGCUUUUUGUGGCCAUUUGUGAUGCUUGUUGCCACAUGCUGAAUAGCACGAUGCUGAAUAACACAGAUGGGUGGUGCCUGCAUUAUUAUAUCUCAAGCAUCAGCCCAAUGCACACGCUGGCCCAAUUACUCCUUUAUCCCAUCCUGAAAGCUUUGUGAGGGCUGAAGAAAGCCAGAGCCUAUAGAUGAGGCUGCAAAGCCAGUGCUGUUGUGGCUGCCCCCUGCCGUUCUUUUUCAACCUGCACCGGCAGAAGGGAUGGGUGCAAAAUUAGCUGCUUGUCAGCGGUGAGUGAGGCUUCACACCCAGUGGGAAGGCUGUGGUUUUGGCUUCCUUUUAUUUGAUGCUUGUACUUCAAAAGGGCACUUCUAAAGCAGAGCAAAUACCAUUACCCCAGCAGCCCCCAAAAAUGCAGUUAUUUUCUUUUCUUUGUCCUCUCUGCUCACUGCCAUCACAGGUGACUUAUUUUUGUUACUUUUUUUAUUCUUUCAACUGAAAGAUAGCAGGUCAAUCUUUAAUUAUUACUUUUUUUUUUUUUUUCCAUUGGCAAGCAGCUAGUUCCCCAAAACUGCAAGCCAUUUUCCUCGUUAGCUGUGAAACAGGGAAAGGCCCUAAAGUCCAUUAGAGAAGCUGACUGCAGGGCAACCUAGAAGGGGGGGCUCAAAGGACAGUGCAGUGCUGGAAGCAUUUUAGCUCUUCUCUGAAAUGUUCAUGUCGCCUUAAGCUUUAUGUACUAAAUUUGUCAGAACUGACACUGGAUCAAGAGCAAUAUUUGAAUAUAACAUACACCUCAGUGGGCGCUCAAUGCAGAAAUCAGUAGUACUGUUUAAAUCUUCCUCUUUCUGUCUGUUCUUGAACCAGACAGAAAAGGAAGAGCUCCAUGGGGCCCCAGCGAUGCCAAUUGCAGCAGAAGGGAGCCCUCAUCUGGGGGAGAGGCGGCUGCUGUCCCCGCUGCCCCUGCUGUCCCAAAAGCCUUGAAUUGGAACCAACAGAGAACCCCAAGCCCAACACCAUAGAAUAAAAUUUGAGAAUGUGAAAAUUGCGUCUUGCUGUAUACUGCAACUUUAAUAAUAAUGAGCACUUCUGAGUUCGUUAUUGAGGUUUAUAUAAUGCCUGAAAGAUUUAAUUGCUGUUUUCCUCUGUCUCCCAGUUCAUCCCACUUUCUUGUUACGUCAGUGAUUCAGUUUUGCUGGCUGCCCUUCCCCGAGGGAGGCAGCUCCUGUUAAUUUUUCUCUCUGACGCCUUGCAGCGGGUGGGUGCAGCCAUAUGUACCAGUCCUUUGCAAGCCAAACUUUCCGAUAUAAAAGAUGCAAUGGGCAAGUGCCAGGAUCUCAAAUCCCUGUACAAAAACAGCACAUGCUCAGUAAUUUUGCAGAUUGAGAUUGGCUCAUGGUUUGACUCCUAAAAAUGGAUUUUCACAUGCACUGGUACAGCUAAAACAUGGAUGUGGCCCUUGUGGAUGCACUGCGAAGGCUCUUUCCAUUGCGAUGCUAUAAAGUUUGACGAAGGCAUUAUAUGACUGUUUCCAUCACUUUCAGAUCUUAAUGAAUCGUAUUUUAUUGUAAUAUAUAUUCAUUGCUUUCCUCAGUUAAAAGAAAGUUACUGCUUUUAUCUUAUAUGAAAAACAAGGGAAUUUGGUAAAGCAUUCAUUAUUUUCAUAUUCCUAGUAUUAACAGAAUAGAACUAGUACUAUUUAAUUUUAGAUCUUCAUAGCUAGCUUGUUAAUAACUCAUAUUUUCCUGUGUUGUAUCCUAUUUUUUUCUAUUUUUUUCCCAAAUAUUCUGCAUUCUUGAGGAAAAAAAAAAAAUCAAAUCCAGUGAGUGGAUAAGUGCAAUAUUCAUAGAAUAAACAGGCCCCUCAUCCAGGACUUGGAGUGGAACGUGCAGUGUGAAAUGUUUGCAAUUCUCUAUUCAUGCACUCUUAUGGGAACAGGAGAUGCAGGGGAGAGGGCAUGUGGAUGAAAAUGGGACCCUUGGGUCGGUAGGGAUGGGUAGCUGGGGCUGUUGGCCUGGGAAUGGCUGCUUGUUAUAGAGAACAUCACCUGGUACUAAAAGUGUAAGGAUUAUGCAGCAUGUUGCCAGGUUUGUGUAUAGGCUGUGCAUUAACGUCCUUAUUAAUACAGGACUUCUGAGCUAUGCUUUAAGUAUUCUGUAUGUCAUCCUUGCAUGAUACUGCCUUCUGGUUUGUCUCUGCUGGUGGUUGUCCUCUUUUGCUUCAGAAUCAGUAACUUAAGAAGAGAAAAUAUUUCUGCUGGUGCUGUCCCAAGUUUUGAUACUGUACUGUUAUUUGUAUUUAUUCCAAGAGCUGUGGAAAUGUUUUUCUACAGGUCCUUGUUCACGUUUUUUCUCCUUAGGUUAACAAUAAGGAAAAAAGUCCCCAUUUUAUCUGGGUUAUUCCUCACCUGUGGAAUUUCACAACUGAUUUGAUUGUUGAAAUCCUGGUUCCUGGCUUGCAAAGGAUGAUCUUUCAGUUCCAAAGUAAAGCUGAGCAGAAACUCUGCUCUUCAAUAAAUAAAUAAAUAAAGUAAAAAUUAAGUCCUAUUUGAAUGGAUGGAGAACUUCCACCUGUGCAAAGUAAUGUGACCAUCCUGGUAGCAGCAAAACCUCUCUUUGAAAAACUGGACUGUUUGCAUGAGAUCCAAAAAUAAUGUGAAAGAUGGAGCAUUGGGUUCUUUGGGCUCUGGGAGCACAUCUCCUAAAGCUCUACUUCAUGUCCCUGGAGGGCAGUGGUACCUCAGCCUUCUGCAAAAUUCUUGUUCUGCUGCUCUUGUAUUUGUGAGAAGGCCUGGCUAUUACUAGAGACCUUUGCAUUCAAAUAAGAACUGAGUUCUGCAGCUGUAUUGAAAUAGGUGGUUUUUCAAAAUCAUGUCAUUGAUACAAAUGCUUUAAAGAUGAAUCUUGUUUUGGGGAACCAACCCAAUUCUUUCACUUGCUCUUGUCCAAACCAAGCUAGAAGUCCAGGAGCAUCAGUUGGGUUACAAUGGCAGAAACCCUCAUGGGCGCUCACCACACCUCCUAGAGGAGUGUGGGAGUGCUGAGCCUGGGGCUGCCUUGCACCAUCUGCUCCAUGCAAGUUGUGUGGCUUUGUAAGAUCCACCAGAGCUUUGCUGCUGUGGUGUCUUUCCAACACCAGAAACUCCUCCAGCAACUUCAGAUGCUAUUUAUCCAUGUAGCAAAGUGUUGCAUGUAAAUUCAGUGGUCAGUAGCUGCCGACAGCACUAAUACAGUGGUUCAAGAGCAAAUGCUUAUUUUUUUUCUUGUUUGCUUUUACUUGUUUGAUAGAAGCAGGCACCACCAAUGUGGCAGUGCGUAGGUAAUGUGUCUGCAUGCUUGAACUCUUCAAUGGCCUCUGCUAGCUGUUCCCAGUGCUUCUGUUUCUCUUUCUGUCCCUCUGUGCUGCUCAGUGGCCAUGUCUGUUGUUUGUCUGUAGCUUCAGAUAAAGUACUGUAUGUAGGGCCACAUCCGGAGUCCCCCGCAGACUUGGGGUUGCAAUGUAGGUUGCUGUUGCUGCUUUUCCUCCUCAUCUUAGAGCCAGUCAAAGCACCUAGAGUCCUCCAGAACUUCCCCUUGGAUACCUUUCUUGGGGUGCCAGCUGUGUGGGGUGUCCUCACACUGUGGCUGGGGCUCUGCAGCCUGGGGUGAAAGCUGAGUGCAGAGCUGAUGGCACAGGCAGAACAAAGUAGCUUCUCCCAUUUUAUAAUGUCAUGGCUGGGCUGGUCCCAUCACCAACGUUCAUUUGUUCUUGCAUCGCAGUAGCGUUGAUUCUAGUUGAAGAGUGCAAUUUUGUUUUGUGUUUGGGUUUUUUUUUAAACUUUUUUAUUUGUUUGUUUUCUUUAAUAAAUAAAUUUGGUUUAAAGCUUCACACUGGCAUUUUUACAGACCUGUUUUUGUCAGCAUAAACCACCGCUGUCCUGAGUUGAGACUCCUGUUUGUUACUGAAUUAAACUAAUGGGAACUGUAUUAACGAUUUGGAAAGAAAUGGAAGGUAACUGUAUUGGCAGGGGAGGGGUGGGAGAAGAUAAAAUAUGAGGGGAAAAAAUGUUUCUAAUAAGGCCAUAAAUUAUUUGAUCUGACACUGCAGGUGCUUUCUCUGUAUAGAUGGUUUUAAUACAUCACUGCUCUGUGUUAGGAUUUUUCAUUACUGAGAAAUGUUGAGUUUUACUCUCCGUGACGAUGGCAGUCUGUAUCCUGAAGCCAGUGAUCCCCCAAAGCAAGACAAACACAUGCCAUGUGAUUGCUGUACCACAGGCACUUUGUACCUUUCUUUCUCAGUCCCUGUUUGCUGAAGGAAAGAAGCAGAGGGGAGGGAGAAUGCAUGGCAUUACCAAAACCCCACUGUCAUCCUUAGGGGGCAUCAAAUGGUGUUUUGGGUCUGGAUCCCCUGAGCAUUUAGGUUGGGUUUGUCUGUCCUAUAGAAGCAGGACAGGAGAAAAUACUGCAGUCACUGAAACUUAGCCUUUAUCCAUGAGCAAACUGAAGCAAAUAAGAAGGGAAUUGAAAACAAAUCUUUAAGAAUAUGAGAUAUUUCAGUAUAGCCAACAUUUAUUGCCAGUCUUGGACUUUCAUGAUGGGGGAGAUGUUAUAAUUGUUUCCAGUCUUUAGGAUAAAGUGUUUUUUGCUCCUUGCUGAAGGGGCUUGCUCAUUGCUUGUUACUCAUGGUGGGUUCAAACUUGGAGUAUUGUGGAAGCAGAGUGCAUGGAGCAUUACAGUGUCUUUACUGGGUAUACAAGCUGACUGUUAGGGGGUCAACAGAGUAAGUGCAUUUCUGUUGUCUGGCUCACAUCACACUGUAUCAUUGCUGUUGCUGUACUCUAAGUUUAAUUGCAGGCAGUGAUAUUGGUUACUUUGCUCCCAGUGUUUGGGGAGAAUCAAGCCAAUUAGAUGUCUCAGUUGGGAGUUGGUAUCACAUUUUCACAUGUGUCUUCACAGGAAGUUUUGCCUGCAGCUUGAUUGCUGCUUCAGUCAAAGCUCAGAUGCAGAUAUCUCUCUUGGGCACAUAUAUCUGUGGCUGCUUCCAAAACUGUUAAUUAGCUCAAAUGAUUUCUGGAAACAAUAGAUAAUUAAUGGGAGCCGAAAUCUGUUGCUGAAUGAAGGCUGGAAUCAGUCUGAGUGGUUGUGCUCCCCUCUACUCAGAGAGCACAUCUGGUCUGGAAAGCCUUAUGGUUCUUACCAUCUCAAAUAUGUGUUUGAUUAAAAAAUUCAAUCUAGACCUGGUCCAAAUGAGGUUUUGCAGUGGAUUUCCUGAGUUGAUGUUCUUAGUAUUAGACGCUGUUGUCAUUUUUGUGUUGGUGUAGCACUCCAUUUUCUAGCAGAUAGGUGGUGGGAAUGUACUUGGUGGGGGCUUGGGGAGAGCAUGUCGGUGACCAGAAACAGAGAAACGUGUGGUUGGUUUUAGUGUGCGUGUGGUCAAGUUGGUGAUGCUUUUUUGUUUGUUAUUUUUGUUGUUGUUUUUAACAUGGGAGCCAUUUUGUGUGUUCUGCUUGCGAAAAGCGUCCAGGAGUUGUUGUGGUUUCUGUCGUGGUAUAUAUGGAAAAGGAAUAAAUGAGAACUGUUUUGUUUUCAUAUGGAGAGAGUUUAUAGGCGGGAGUCUGUUCCGUUUGUUCUGGGAUGUGAGAUAAGCCAAGAGGUAAAGAAAAUGAGUUGGGGGAAGCCCUUCUUGUUGUAACAGCUUUGGACCAUGUUUGCUUGUGGCCUGUGGUCCAGCUCUAUUGAAGGCAGUGAAUAUUGGUCGUAGUGCAUAUGUUUGAGCUUUUUAACCAAAUAGCGAUUCUUUCAGAGCUGACAUUCAUAGCAUCAACCAUUGAUGUACCUACAGCAAAUGGGAAGCUAUAAGCACAGAUAGAUAAGUACUGCAGCCUUAUGGAGUGCCCAGUUUUUGUUUAAUGAACUUGAGCUGGUGACCAGCAUGACUUUGUACAGUGAACAGCUCCUGACUGAUAGGGCCCAAAUGUAUUUGGCUCUUUUAGAUGCUUUCCUAGGACUGCAGAUCCGGUGUAUGAUAGAAAAUAAUGACCUUCCAGUCAUCCCAAUCAAAACUGAAAGCCAGAAAAAGACAUUUUUCAUGCAGCAGAAUCUCUUGCCUUUGGUGGCAUGAGUUAUCAUACAAAAGGCCCCUGUCUGAGCUGGCACAAAACAGAAGACCUCUUUGUGACCAGUCUCCAGGUCUGCAUGUGAACUUGGCAGAUUUGAUGCAGGUCAGAUUUGUAGGUAGAAAAGAUGAGUAACUCCUUUACAGACUAAUACGACAAUGUAGUUCUCAUUUUUUGCCAAGCAACCCUGUAGAAAUAUCCCCCAGGGUUCAACACAGGUCCUUUGGGGACCUGUGAGUCUCUAGCUGAUAUAUACGGUACUGUGGGCCUGAUCCUGUGACUGGGACAGGAGAAGCGCAUCUCGUCAAAAGUGAUGAUGAUCGUAGCACAGUGUUGCCAUUGCUCUAGAUCUGUCACUGGGGGGACAACUGUUGUGCAAAACAUUACCUUCUCCCCUAAUCCACAACUGCAGACUUCAUUUUAGUGCCCAGUCCAGAAAUGGUUUUGCAUUUGCUUUUCCAUGGCUACCCAAUAGCCGCAUGCUGUGGCCAAGUGCUCGCUCAGAGUACUGCAAUACAUUGUAAAGCAAUUUAUAAUUUGGGUGUUUCUUGUAAAAGCAAAUGUUUUGGCGUGGGAUUUUAAUAAUGUCUUUGCAUGCAGAACUGAGAACUGCAUGGGCCACUCAACAGAGAAUGAGCAAUAUAUCUCAGGCAGUUGUGCAUGUGAAGGUGCAGAGCAAGAACUUGAGGUUGCUGUGCCUGUGAGUAGAUCUUGGCAUCCCACUUUAGGCACUUAUCGGAGCUUAGAGGUGAUCAGCAUCUAAUAUUGAGCAAUCAGGACAGCUCACCUUCCCGCAUGCUCAGGACUGGCGGAGGUUACGAGGGAUGGAGUUUGGGGGCUGGGCUGUUCCCUCAGCGUUAUUACAGGUUCUUGCAAUGUGAACCUUUAACAUCUUCAAAGACUCAGGCAGAAGGGAUUUGCUAAACAGACUGUAUCUGUCAUCUCCCAGUUCACUGAUUGCUUGGACCAAAGGUGGUGCUAAAUCUGAUCUUCGUCUGUAAUAUUUAUAUUUUUUUGGACUUUUUUUUUUUUUUUAAUGUUUGAUAAAACAGAUGCAGUGUCCUUACAUGAGAGAUUUAUUCCCAGCUUGGGACUUGGCAAAACUCACUGGACCUUCAGGGUCCAGCACGGUUGCUUGUUAACAUUUGAGCAGGCUUGCAGUGUUCUGGGGGGAGGUGGGAAGGGUACUCUAUCUUCAAAUGUUUGCAGACUGUAAGAAUUGACUUGUGAUUAUUAUUUUUUUUUUUAAUGUUGUAUUUUGUUUACAUUGUCUCUUAUGCCCUAAGGAAAAAUAAAUUUUGGACAUUUUUAAUUGUGA